AUGGCAGGAAAGGCAUGUCGUACACGCGUAAAGAACGCGUCACAUGGGAAAGUGAAGAAAUUGAAAAAGGGACAGAGUAGUAGUAGCAAUCCAGAGACAAGAAAGUUCCGUGAUGCAGCCAGAAACAGAUUUUUUAACUUCGGUAAAGGAACCGGAGGGCUGACAACAGAUGCCCUGAAGAAACAUAAUGAGAGUAUAGAGGAUGGAGAGCAGAGUGCAGCAGGAGUGAAUGCUGACCAAGAGACCUUCAGUGCUAAGUCACAAUCCACGAUUCUCACUAGCUGGACUGACUGUUCAAAUCAGUCCUUCAGCAAAGUUCACAGGCUAUGGAAAUCCAAUUCUGCUACGCACAAGGAGAUACUGGCUGUCUUGGCAGCUGUUACAGAAGUAAUAAAGAACAGAGGAGGAAAGGAGAGCGAAACUGAAUAUCUCGCAGCAUUGAUGACAACUUUGGAUACUGUGGACACUGAAGAAUCUGUGACAGCAGUCAUGUAUCUCAUUAGUCUUGUCAUCAAGAGAACACCACACCCGGUGCUAAAAGCCAGGUUUUCAGAGUUUGGAACAUGUUUUAUGGACAUACUUGCCAAAUAUGCAGGCUCCUCUUCCACCCCUCUUCUGCGAUCCACGAUCGUGUGCUUGGCAACAGUGUUGCGCGUCCAGGAUCAGGUUGUCUGGAGUGACUCGUCAACAACACAGCUAUACCGCGCGAUACUAACAUUCACAACCAGUUCAAAACCAAAGGUUAGGAAGGCGGCACAUCAGGCAGUCUGCGCAAUCCUGCAGGGCAGCGUGUUCAUGACCCAGGAUGCGGGCGUGGCCCACCACCCAGCCGAGAGCACGACAGUCAAGUUCUGUAUUCAGCAGAUAGAAGCGAGCGGAGGGUCAGAUGAGGCAACAGCUACGCUCCAUGCUCUCGGUGUUCUAAAGCUUGUGCUGCCAGUGUUGACAUCGAAGAACUUGAAAUCAUCAUGUGAAACGAUCCUGAAGCUCAUGACAUUAAGUAACAUGGUGAUCAAGGUGACCUCCAUGAAGGCCCUGCAUGCGAUGUUUGAGGCAGAACCGAAGUCUGAUUGCCUGACAGCAGAACUGAAUGCACAGCUAAUCUCUGCGCUGUACGACUACCAGCCGGCGAGGGACGACGCUCACCAGAUGGCGCCGUGGGCGGCGGUGAUGCGCGCGGCGCACGUGCGUCUGCUCGCGCUCAGUCGGCCCCUCGCGGCCGCGCACCUCCCGCGGCUCGUGCACGCCGCCGCCGCGUGCUUCCUGAGUGAGAAGCCAGCCGUCGCUCACGCGGGAUACGAGACGAUGAACGUUGCAGUGGAUUGCAUUAGUCAAGCCAAAGACUUCUUUGUCGGCGAGUACAAAAAGAAUCCUACAGGUGGCGGCACUAUCCGCAAGUUGUGUCACAGCUUGGAGGCGGCGCUUGGUUACCAGUAUCAAGCGUCAUGGCAGUUGGUGCUACCAUUGCUCGCUCGUCUUUUCGAGGUUGCCGGUGGCGACUGUCACGUGGCGAUGACGAAGACACUGCAGUCGAUGGCGGCGCUGCGUGACAGUCAUGGAUUCGCGCACGCCUCGGCGCUCGACGCAGCGAUGGCGGCCGCUGUGCGUGCGGCCGGUCCACGCGUCGUCCUCAACGCCGUGCCGCUGAACAUCACCGGCGACGAGGAGACGUUUGACUUUCCGAGGAGUUGGCUGCUGCCGGUGAUGCGUAACAGCAUCCAGGACACCGAACUGGCAUUCUUCGUCUCUUACUUCCUCCCGCUCGCCGCGAAACUAAAGAACAGGUCUGCCGAGCUGGCGCAGUCCGGCCACCAGGUGGUCGCGAAGACGUAUGACAUCAUGCAGCAGCAGAUCUGGGCGCUUCUGCCCGGAUUCUGCACACGACCGACGGAUCUAUGUCAGGCGUUUGUGGGCGUGGCACGCAUCCUCGGGCAGGCGGUGGCCGACCAUAGUGAGCUGCGGCUGGACGUACUCACCGCCCUGCGUCUGCUCGUCACCAAGAACCUCGAGAACGAGAAGAAUCGUGCGGAGCUCGCAAAGUACGCAAAGAACUACCUGCCGAUAUUCUUCAACAUUGUGACGGCCGACCUUGAGCCAGGAAGAGAGCGGGAUUCAUCCAGACGGGCUGUGCACGAAACGAUAAAGGUCUACCUUCAGAUCACGCCACCCCAGCUCGUUGACUCGUUCUUUGAGAAGUCUGUUGAAAUGGUGAACGACGGAGAGCAAACAUCAUUGAAGCGGCAUGCACUGAUGGAUGUGUUGAUUGCUAUGGUACCUCACAUCGACAUGGAAAACCUGAAGCGACUGUACAGUGUCACAUGCUUGAUGCUGAAGGACACGGAUCGUACGGUGCAGAAGAAGAGCUACCGCAUCCUAGAGGAGAUGUGCGGGGGCGCGUCGGAUGCAUGCCAGAGCUUCAUCUCAGCCUCACUCGUCGAGCUGCAGACCCUGCUCACCCUCUCAUCCGGUCCCUCGCUGACGAAGGCU